UAUUGCUACGUGUACUUCCGCCAAAAAAUGUAAACACGUUUCGCGUGUUGUAAUAUAAUAUCCUGCAUUGGUUUUUUUUUUUAAAGUUUGCUACUCCGUUUUUCACCAAGUACUGUAAUGGCACUACAGGCACGUGAGAGAAAACCGAGAGUAGGCCUAUACUCCCAGAAGGACACACCGAAAAGAUAUAUUCGAGUAAACGACAGAAAGAAUCAAAGGCGUCAGAUAUAUGCAAAAUAUGUAGUAGCAUUGGUCAGUCUUAUUGGACUUUGUCUUGGCUUGUAUUGGAAGUCUCUCUACAGCACGAGUAGUAAGAUGUCCACAUUUGCUCCUGCAAAUCAACAAAACAGUCAACUGACUUACACGGUGAACUGCUCCGAAGAUUACAAAAAUGAAAUGUUUGAAGAAUGCAAACCGAAAAGCUGUGCUCGUGUUGUCAUGGAUAAUUUGGUGUCAGGAGAUGAAGCGCUGCACAUGCUAAGUGUUGCAAAGAAAGGGUUAUCUUACGGUGGAUCAACAGGUGGGGCAUCUAUCUUAGACUUACACUCUGGCGCUUUAUCAAUGGGUGAAAAAUUCGUCAAUAUAUACAGGGUUUUACCGGAGGAAGACGGCUUUAAGGAAGAAGACUUCGCAAUAUAUAGACAGGUGAAGAAUAAAAUACAUCAAGCAAUAUCGGAAUAUUUUGGUAUACCCAAAUCUAGCAUUUAUUUGACAAAACCAACGUUCUUCUCGCGUAUGAACACAACUGCAGCUAAAACAGUCCAUGAUGAAUAUUGGCACAAACAUGUUGAUAAGACGACAUAUGGUUCAUUCCAUUAUACAUCGUUACUAUAUUUAACCACGUAUGGUACAGAUUUCACCGGCGGCAGGUUCAUAUUUGUUGACGGUGAAACGGAAACAGCCGUGGAACCGCGGUCGAGUGUCUUUUUUCACGUCGGGAUCGGAAAAUGUACAUUAUGUAGAAAAGCUUGAGUCAGGAGUGCGAUACGCUAUAACCAUUUCAUUCACCUGUGACCCGCAAAUGGCUAUAUCGGACCCGGAUGUCAGAUAAAACUAUGAGAAUUGUGAUUUUAAUAUUGUUUAUUUUUGAACUGUUGCCUUCUAACAUUAUAUAGUGGUAUAUGCGACUGUGUGUACGAGACGUUAUGUGUAAUAUAAUUACAUGUUCUUGUAGGUUUUGACCAAUUUGAUUAGCGCAGAUGAACAUUAGAAAGCAUGCAUGAAAUGCACGUGGAAGUUAAAUGUACAUUCCUGUAGGAAAAACAAUGUUGAUGCUGUUUGAAAUAUUUCUUACAUAACUGACAAUUUUUGUCUGUAUCAAAGGCAAGCUAUGCUGGCUAUGUUAACAAGUACCUUGUUAUAAAUUGGCCGCCAUUUAAUAUAUAAGUAUACCAAAAUAAAGGAAUUUACAGGCAAAAUAAAUAGAGCUAUUAAAGGAAUUGUAACAGUAGCUUGAUCUAGUUCUUGCAUUCGGCUCGCGGGGUGGAGUGGAGGUGCCAGACUUGAAAGAUGCGUGUCCUCAAGCUAGUGUUGUCAAGACACUUUUACUAUAACUAAAAUUUUAAUUUUAUCAAGAUGUGCACUAUACAUUCCUCUUAAAGAAGAAAUCAUUUAUUUACCGUGACUUGAAGAUUAAUUAAAGUAGAUCAGGCUCGGAUAAAAUACAGUCAGACUUCCGCCAUGUGGAUUUCUGUCUGUUCGUAUUUAGUUAUACAUGUAUACAGAAUAUUUAUAUGAUUAUAUCAAAGAUGUAUAAACUCUUUGAUUAUAUGUAUGUAAAAAUAAAGCGCUUUUUAAUAGAAAAUAUUUUCGUUUGGUCUAGGCCUAUGUUUAAAAGCAAGUUCCUGAUAAACACGUUUUAUAAAAAUCAAAAUUAUUGAAGGGCAAGAAUUUUACAAAGGAGAAAACACAUUAUUGGCCAUAAAAUUUAAAUUAUUCAAGAUAUCUUUAAAAUUCCUACUUUACCCACAAAACCCUUCAUAAUGAAACAACAUAUCGCGGAAAAAAUUGGGUGGAUUCAUAAGUUUAUCAUUAUUCAUUUAUUUUAUUCCAACAUGUACAACACUUCAUCAAAACAACAGCACGUUUCGGAAAUGAUAGAAUUAUAGAUGUUCUGAACACCGCUGUUUACAAUCAAAAAUAAGGUUUGGUUGUGCUGAUUGCACUUUAGGUGGACAGGGAACAUUUAUUUAUUUAUGGAUUACAAAUUUUUCUUAAUUUAGAUUUUUCUUCUUUUUUCAUUUUUUGUGUGUUUCUUUCUUUUUUGUUUUGAAACACUUUACCUCUUGUAUUUAUUUAAAUUCUCUAAAUCAUUUACAUAACUAUGACAUACAAAGAAAAUAAUGCUCAUUUUGUUAAAUUUAAUGUGAUAAAUGGGAAGGGCCAACCUCUAAGUUGGCAAAACUUGUGGCCCAACCCUUUUGCUUUUAUGUAAGUUGAAUUCUAAUCAUACUGUUAUUAAUUUGUUAAAAUAAGCAAUCCUUUUUCAUUGUAUGAUUUGUGUAUUUGUAUUUAAAUUAGAAGCAAUAAAAUAUGAUUAAACUAAACUAAAAUUUAUCAUGACAUCAGUAGUUCUAAC